AUGGCUAUACCUGCCCGCGGCCGGACCCUGCCGCCGCUGAAGGGCAGCUCUCGGCAGCUCCUCUCGCCGACCGGCCAGGAGAUCACGGUUCCACCGAGCUCUGCACGAGGCUCUGCAACAAACGGGACCAGUGGCGAGCAGCAGUCGGCGUCCCCGCCAACCGACCAGAAAGAUGAACAGUCGGUUCCGUCGUCGAACAACACCCAGGAAGAGGCGCAGGAUGUCGAUGAUGUCAAAACUGCAGACAAUAAGAAAGGCAGUGCAUUGAGCAAGCUUAUGAGCAGAUUCAAGAGAAAAAAGCUUGAGACAACCAAAAAGGGAAAAGGAGACGAAAAGACUGCGGAAAAGGAUUCAACGGAAGCCGAAAAUCAGCCCGAGGGAAUAGUGCAGCGAGUCUGGUGA